CAGGGCUCAAGCUUCUAUGCCCAGCAGUGUGCAUUGGCUACGCCGUGUCGUCACCACGCUCUGGUGGCGGGCUGCUCGCUGUCAAAAGCAGUUGAGAAAGAGGAUGCUGGACAGCGAGAGCGAUGACUUCCACCUCAGUCGAGGUGAGCGUUGGGAUCGAUUAUGGGUCCCUGGAGCCUUGAUCUUGGGAGUCCUGGUAGGUAUUUUUAUGCCCGCAGAACCUGGAUUGGGCAACCGGAUCUCAGAAGUCCUGGGCUGGACCUACUUCUUUGCUUGGUCAGUCUCCUUCUACCCACAGGUAGUACUGAACUUCCGACGGAAAAGCGUCAACGGUUUGUCCCUGGAUUUCCAGAUCUUGAACGCAUUUGGCUUUGGAUGUUACUUCCUCUUCAACGCCCUGUUCUUCUGGAAUUCUGGCAUCCGUGCCGCGUACCGAGAGGAGCAUGACAACCAGGAUAGUGGUGCGAGGCUCAACGAUGUGAUUUUUGCUGGCCACGCCUUUUGCAUUACCCUGAUUACCCUUGCGCAGAUUUGCAGCUUGUCGGGUUGGGCCGGGUGGUUGAUAGCGUUUUUUUCUGUCAAUUCCGUGUUUUUCUUUCAUCAUGGUGGCAAUAGUUGA